AUGCCUAUGAAAGGACGGUUUCCGAUCCGGAGGACUAUGGAGUACCUCCAGAAGGGGGACAUCAUCUUUAAAAACAGAGUGAAGAUCAUGACGGUCAAUUAUAACACACAUGGAGAGCUUAGCGACGGAGCAAGAAAGUUUGUCUUCUUCAAUAUUCCUCAGAUUCAGUACAAAAACCCAUGGGUCCAAAUAAUGAUGUUCAAAAAUAUGACACCGUCACCUUUCGUGAAGUUCUACCUGGAUGAUGGUGAGCAAGUUCUGGUGGAUGUGGAAGGGAAGGACCACAAACAAAUAUCACAACAUGUGAAGAAGAUUUUGGGCAAAACAGACGAAGUGUUACAAGCUGAGGCUCGAGCGAAGAUGCAAGCCUCCAACCCUGCCAACUUUGGGCCGAAAAAGUACUGUCUGAGAGAGUGUAUCUGUGAGGUGGACGGCCAGGUGCCGUGUCCUGGCACCACGCCGCUGCCCAAGGAGAUGACAGGCAAAUACCGUGCCAAGAUGGCGGCGUCACAGGAGUGAGAAGAAGAGGAUAAAAAUGCUCUUGUUUAUUUGGACAAUAUAUUGAUUAGAUUUUGUACGAUGAUGCAAAAAAAGGACUACGACAUUGCAUAUUUUGUUGUAAAUAUGUCUAACUUAAUGGAUCAUAACUGGCUGGACUGAGACAGUUUUAAUCGUUCAUAACCAGCAGGAACCUUUGACACCUUGACCUGUCGUGGGCGGUGUUUGUACAUGAUGUGACCUGGUUGAAGUCUCCACACGUCUAGAUGUGAUUUACAUUCAGCACAGUGUCUAUGUUGUAAUGUGAGCAUUCAAAUAAAAACUCUAUUUGCCUAUUGCUCUAUGGAAAUAUCAGGAAAAUCUCAGUCCUACUAAUAACAACCAACCAGGUCACCAAGCAGAAAUGAGAAACAGGAACAUUCUUCAUUAGACAACUUUUUUUUUUUUUUUUUUUAUUGGUGAUGAGAUGGAUUUUUCUCAAGUUAUUAAAUCGAUAUCUGUGCGUCCAAAAUGUUUAGGUUUUGCAAUUAAUGUUGCUAAAAUCAACUGCUAACACACAUUAGCAAAGCUCCUCAACUUAUUCACAAUGUCACAAAACA